ACGGUUCGUACGUACCACUGGAGGCAACACUGGCCGUGCGCAGGCGACAGCAUGAGGCCGAUUCCAAGUUCGUUGAACCACCAUCCAUAUAUAGAGUCGCGAUGGAUUCUCAUCCCCGCUGGUUCUCAAUAUUCAUUUCGGCUAAUAGGCCUCCAUCGCACUAGAGACACCAGUGUACUCCCCUGACGAUCUGGGUCAAGAUUUUUGACAGCGGAUGGAGACGACGUUGCGAGAUUAGAGUAAUCGAGAAAUGAUAUAAAAGUGAGCCCCAAUGGCGCGAUGUAGAUGAGGUAUCGAUCACCGCUCGUUACAAUCACUACACAUCCAGUCGAUCCUUCAUUCGUUUGAAUACCAAACCUUUGUCUAAGCCUAAUUCCGUAACCAUGGUCUCUUUUACACUUACUGCGGGUAUUGCCCUGCUCGUCUCCGCCGCCGCCGCUAUCCCUACGCAAAGCCUGGUCGCAAGACAAGCUACUCUACCAGACGAGUGCUCAGACUACUGCAGCGUCUCUGCGGGCUGCGUUUGCAUCCGCCGUCCUACCAAUUGCGUGGCAAACUACCUCGUCCAAUCCGGCGACAACUGCGGUACCAUCGUCUCCCAAUACAACAACUUCACCGCCCACGACCUGCUCGCCUGGAAUCCCGAGAUCGGCAAAGAAUGCUUCGGUCUGCGAGCCUACGUCCCCGUGUGCAUCGGUGUGCCAGGCUACACAUACCCGGGCCCCGUCAAAGGUGGUGACAUCUGGACGCCCGAGGAGAUUCCUGUGCCGGUGAUGCCGGGGAUUGUGGCCAACUGCUCGAAGUUUGAGUACACGGAUAAGACCGGCGUGCCGACGCUUGCAAACAUUUUGGCAGAGAAUCAAAUCAGCAAGCAGCAGUGGAAUAGCUGGAAUGUCCCGACGCAGGAUUCCGAGCAGGACUGGGCGGUUUGGGCGCAGUACUUUUCUUGUGUUGAGGCAUAGACGUCGACAGUUAUAGAGAGAUCGGAGUGCAAGAAGAGCGUGUGGACUUUCCAGAGAUCGUUUAUGAACCAAUUUGAGGAUUAUUCAAACGUCGCAUCCCUUGCAGCU